AUGUUAGCGGCAGAACAGGAAAACGCUCAGCUCAGAGAGGAACUGGUUAACCUCAAAGGGGAGAUGGAAAGAAUGGCACUUAUGAUGGAAACUAUGAUGGCUGAGAGAGAGCAAGCAGCAAUCUCCAAUUCAACUCCUGUUAUGGUCGUCACAGCUGCACCUGAGGGUCCCCCGCAACCAUCUCCGACUACUACUACAACUAUCGGUCUCACCCAGCCUCUGAUGACUGAUUUUUCUUCUGGUAAUAUGGCAACUAUGGGCAACUCAGGCUUCCGUCCUCUUGGCCCCCAGGGUCCCUUUGCUACUCCUCAGUAUUCCAUGCCUUCAGGCUACCCUUGGGGCAUGCCGAUUGCAACCAACGGGGGUUUUGGUCCAGGCGCUACUGAAAUGCCUUUCGCACAGGGUCAACAGACAUCGGCACAUUUCCAGAUGAGUCAACCGAUUCCUCAAGCUACCAUGACUCAAGCAGGUCCUACUGUGCAUGUUGGGCCACAACAUGAAGAACAGAUUUAUCACUCCGACAGUAUAAUGGGGGAUGACAAAGCAAUCGAUUGGGAAGAAAGGUUCGGUGCUCUAGAGAAGAAGAUGAGUAAUAUGCGGGGAAAGGAAACGGUCGUCCAAAGCAUAUAUGACCUUUGCUUGGUACCAGAUGUAAACAUACCUCCAAAGUUCAAGAUGCCUGUAUUUGAGAAGUAUCAAGGGGACACAUGUCCACAAAAUCAUCUAACUAUGUAUAUUAGCAAGAUGAUAGCUUACAAGAAUAAUGUUCCCUUACUCAUUCACUGCUUCCAGGAUAGUUUGACUGGUCCGGCACAUACUUGGUUCAUGGGGUUGAAAGGAGUCACUACUUUUGAACAGUUGGCUGAGGCCUUCAUGCAACAGUACAAAUAUAAUACCUAUCUGGCGCCAAGUCGCAAGGAGUUGCAGUCCUUAACCCAGAAAGAUAAAGAAUCGUUCAAAGAAUACGCACAACGCUUCAUUCAAAAAGCUGCUCAGAUUCGUCCUCCCUUGGAUGAGAGGGAACUUUCAGAAUUGUUCUAUGAAACCCUGAGCCCUUGUUAUUCAGAAAAGAUGAUUGUCUGUGCAUCACAGAAGUUCACUGACUUGGUGGAAACAGGAAUGCGUAUCGAGGAGUGGGCUCGUAAGGGAGCAGCUGUUUCGGGAAGUUCUUCAGGUGGUUCUUCAGGAGUUUCGUCCAGUGGUAAUAAGAAAUUUGGAACUGGUUACCCAAAGAGGAAUGCUCAAGAGGUUAGCAUGGUGGCUCAUGGAGGACCUCAGCCCGUGUACCCUAAUCACCCCUUUGUUGCCAACAUCACCCCACAAAUGACCGCACCCCAGAACCCAAACUAUCAAUCACCCAGACCUCAAGGACCUGCACCAUACUACCCCCCAUUAUACCAACCACUAUACAACCUACAACAAUUCCCUCAACAACCAUAUUACCCCCAACAACCAUACCAACAAAGACCACAGCAACAACCCCGUCCUCAGGCUCCUUACAAUCAGCAGAAUCAAAGGCAACAAUUUGACCCCUUGCCAAUGACCUAUGGAGCAUUGCUCCCUUCUUUACUUGCACAGAAUCUGGUCCAAACAAUACCACCUCCUCGCAUUCCGGACCCUCUCCCACGCUGGUACCGUCCGGACCUUCAUUGUAUUUACCAUCAAGGGGCACCAGGCCACGAUGUGGAGCGUUGUUUUGCUCUUAAGAAAGAGGUUCAGAAACUGAUAAAUAGUAAAGAGUUAACCUUCACCGAUCCUGAUGCUGUAGCUCAGAACAAUCCUCUGCCUACUCAUGGGCCUGCUGUUAAUAUGAUUCAAGACGAUCAGGAAGAGGCUCGCAUUCUCUCUGUAGGUGAUAUCAAGACUCCUCUGGUACCGAUACAUGUGAAAAUGUGUAAAGCAACUCUCUUCAACCACAAUCAUGAAGCUUGUGACAUAUGUUUGAUGGAUCCUCGUGGAUGUAUACAAGUCCAGAAUGAUGUGCAGGGUCUCCUAAAUAGAAGGGAACUUGUGGUUACAAGGGAACCCGAGAGCAAGGACGUCUGUGUUGUCACUCCGGUAUUCAGAGCCAGGAGGCCGCUGGUGAUAAACCCUAACAGUACAAAGCCCGUUGGUACUCCCUUGGUAAUUUGUGUGCCUAGGCCCACGCCUACUACUGCUCAGAAAGCUGUACCCUAUAAGUAUGAAGGCACGAUUCUUGAGCCUGGAAGUGAGACAACUUCACCUGUUGCUGUGGAUAAUAUCGCAGAGAAUAGCCGGAUUUUGAGGAGUGGCCGCAUCUUUCCUACGGUGGGUCCGAAGAGUGUUAGUGUUCCGGUCGAUGAGCCAGUAAAAGAGCGAAACGCCGGUAAAGGUAAAGCUGGGGAGCAGGCCAAAGAGUUUGACUUUGAGGAUGCCGAUGAAGUCUUGAAGCUGAUCAAGAAGAGUGAAUACAGGGUGGUGGACCAGCUGUUACAAACGCCUGCGAAGAUUUCCAUCAUGGCCCUGUUAUCAAGUUCUGGUGCUCAUCGGGAUGCCCUGAGGAAAGUACUAGACCAGGCAUUUGUAGAUUAUGAUGUAACUCUGGGUCAAUUCGAAAGCAUUGUGGGGAAUGUGACCGCGUGUAACAGUCUGACUUUCAGUGAUGAAGAUCUCCCGGUGGAGGGGAAUAAGCAUAAUCAAGCAUUACUCAUCUCUGUACUUUGCAGAACAGACUCGUUAUCCAACGUCUUGAUAGAUACCGGCUCUGCACUUAAUGUGAUGCCCAAGUCAACUCUCGACCAAUUGGCGUACUCCGAGGCUCCUUUGAGACUUAGCAAGGUGACAGUAAGGGCCUUCGAUGGAACUAGGAGAUCGGUGUAUGGUGAGGUAGAUUUGCCAAUUUCGGUCGGCCCACAUGAAUUUCAGGUUACUUUCCAAGUCAUGGAAAUCCAGGCUUCUUUCAGCUGUUUGCUCGGCAGACCAUGGAUUCAUGACGCUGGGGCUGUGACAUCUACUCUCCAUCAGAAAUUGAAGUUUGUAAGUCGUGGAAAGUUGAUCACUGUGAGUGGCGAGUCGGCCUUUUUAAUCAGCAAUUUGUCUGCUUUCUCUGUUAUCGGUGGUAGUAGUUCGGACGGGCCAUCAUUCCAAGGGUUCUCUGCCGAAGAAAGUGUCGGUAAAAUUGAGACUUGUAUGGCCUCGUUGAAGGAUGCCCGGAGAGUAAUUCAGGAAGGCAAAACCGAAGGCUGGGGUCAGCUAGUGGAGUUGCCAGAAAACAAGCGUAAAGAGGGAAUCGGUUUCCUUAACAGUAAGCCUGGGAUGUUCGACCCUACCAGAGAUGAUGCACCUGGAGGAGUGACACCGGUCUUUGUGACGCCUGGAGGAGCUUGCUGCAACUGGAUUGCUGUUGACAUUCCUUCUGUGACACCCCGCUCUAAACUGAACAUAAGUGAAUCCGUUGAACACAGUGACCCCAUGCUUUCUCCCAACUUUGAGGUCCCGGUUUACGAGGCUGUGGCAGAGGAGGAUGAGGAGAUCCCGAAUGAGAUCAAAUGGACGUUGGAACAAGAAAGGAAGACAAUUCAACCUCAUCAGGAGGAGAUAGAAAUCAUCAAUCUGGGUACUGAGGAAGACAAGAAAGAAAUCAAGAUUGGGGCAUUGUUGGAUGUAUCUGUCAAGAAAAGAGUAAUUGAGCUUAUCAGAGAAUAUGUUGAUAUAUUCGCAUGGUCAUACAAAGACAUGCCGGGUCUAGACCCUGAUGUCGUUGAACACAGACUACCUUUGAAGCCUGAGUGUCCUCCGGUGCGAAAGCAGAUUGAUGCAGGUUUCCUAGUCACAUCAGAGUAUCCUCAAUGGUUAGCCAACAUAGUGCCUGUUCCAAAAAAAGAUGGCAAAGUCAGAAUGUGUGUUGAUUAUCGGGACUUGAACAAGGCUAGUCCGAAGGAUAAUUUUCCUUUGCCUCACAUUGAUGUAUUGGUUGAUAACACUGCUAAGUGCAAGGUUUUCUCCUUCAUGGACGGUUUCUCCGGCUACAAUCAGAUCAGGAUGGCUCCUGAGGAUAGAGAAAAGACGUCUUUCAUCACGCCCUGGGGUGCUUUCUGCUAUGUGGUGAUGCCAUUUGGUUUGAUAAAUGCUGGUGCCACUUACCAGAGGGGCUUUAUCGUCAGUCAAAAGGGUAUUGAAGUUGAUCCCGACAAGGUCAGAGCCAUCAGAGAAAUGCCUGUUCCAAAGACAGAGAAGCAAGUCAGAGGUUUUCUUGGUAGACUCAAUUAUAUCUCCAGAUUUAUCUCUCACAUGACCGCCACAUGUGGACCAAUUUUCAAGUUACUCCGCAAGGAUCAAGGAGUGAAGUGGAAUGAUGAUUGUCAGAAGGCUUUUGAUCAAAUCAAAGAAUAUCUGUUAGAACCUCCAAUUCUUGUUCCUCCAGUUGACGGAAGACCUUUGAUCAUGUAUUUAACAGUACUAGAAGAUUCCAUGGGCUGUGUUUUGGGUCAACAAGACGAAACCGGAAAGAAAGAGCACGCUAUCUACUAUUUGAGUAAGAAGUUCACUGAUUGUGAGUCCCGAUAUUCUGUACUUGAGAAAACUUGUUGUGCUUUAACUUGGGCUGCCAAGCGUCUCCGUCAUUAUAUGAUUAAUCAUACAACUUGGUUGAUAUCCAAGAUGGAUCCUAUCAAGUACAUAUUUGAGAAGCCAGCUUUAACUGGAAGGAUUGCUCGCUGGCAGAUGUUAUUGUCCGAGUAUGAUAUCGAGUAUCGCACUCAGAAAGCAGUCAAAGGUAGCAUCUUGGCAGAACAUUUGGCUCAUCAACCAAUCGAAGACUAUCAACCAAUCAAAUUCGACUUCCCAGAUGAAGAGGUUAUGUAUCUAAAAGCAAAAGAUUGUGACGAACCAGUGUUCGGUGAAGGUCCUGAUCCUGAAUCCGAAUGGGGUUUGAUAUUUGAUGGAGCUGUUAAUGUCUAUGGAAGUGGAAUUGGUGCGGUGCUCAUUACCCCUAAGGGUACUCACAUCCCUUUUACUGCGAGGUUACGUUUUGAUUGCACAAACAACAUCGCAGAGUACGAAGCUUGCAUCAUGGGUAUCGAGGAAGCCAUCGAUUUGAGGAUCAAGAAAAUUGUCAUUUAUGGAGAUUCCGCUCUUGUGAUUAACCAGAUCAAAGGAGAAUGGGAAACUCGUCAUCCUGGAUUGAUUCCCUACAGAGAUUAUGCAAGGUGUUUGCUGACUUUCUUCAACAAAGUAGAGUUACAUCAUGUGCCCCGCGAUGAGAAUCAAAUGGCAGAUGCUUUAGCUACUCUAUCCUCAAUGAUCAAUGUGAAUGGUCACAAUACUGUGCCAGUAAUCAAUGUCCAAUUUCUCGACCGACCUGCUUAUGUGUUUGUAGCUGAAGCAAUUGAUGAUGACAAGCCAUGGUAUCAUGAUAUCCAAGUUUUCCUUCAAACUCAAAAGUACCCACCUGGGGCAUCCAACAAGGACAAGAAAACAUUGAGAAGAUUGUCAAGCCGUUUCUUCCUUAACGAAGACGUUUUGUAUAAAAGGAACUUUGAUGGGGUCCUACUUAGAUGUGUGGAUAAGCAUGAAGCAGAAAAAUUGAUGUGCGAGAUUCAUGAAGGCUCUUUCGGAACUCACUCAUGUGGGCACGCCAUGGCGAAGAAGAUAUUGAGAGCUGGGUACUACUGGAUAACAAUGCACGCUGAUUGCUACAAUCAUGCCAAGAGAUGCCACAAAUGUCAAAUCUAUGCUGACAAGAUUCAUAUACCACCAUCUAUGCUCAAUGUCAUCUCUUCCCCGUGGCCCUUCUCUAUGUGGGGCAUUGACAUGAUUGGUCGGAUUGAACCAAAGGCUUCCAAUGGGCAUCGCUUCAUAUUAGUGGCUAUCGAUUAUUUCACCAAAAUCAUCACAGACAAUGGCACAAAUCUGAAUAACAACAUGAUGAAAGAGUUUUGCGAUGACUUCAAGAUUCAACAUCACAAUUCUUCUCCUUACAGACCACAGAUGAAUGGGGCAGUUGAAGCUGCAAACAAGAACAUCAAGAAGAUCAUACAGAAGAUGGUAGUUACUUAUAAGGACUGGCAUGAAAUGUUACCCUACGCUUUGUAUGGAUACCGUACCUCAGUGCGAACCUCGACAGGGGCAACCCCUUUCUCUUUGGUAUAUGGUAUGGAGGUUGUACUACCUGUAGAGAUUGAGAUUCCUUCUUUAAGAGUCUUGAUGGAAGCUGAAUUGUCUGAAGCUGAAUGGUGCCAGAGCAGAAUUUCUGAGAUGGAUGGUAGAAACGAUGCUGCUGCACUUGAGGCUGUUGCUCAAACUGUAGGACAACAACCGAAUGCUGCUGGUAAUGAUGGUUGCAGUGAGGUACAGAAGGUGCAGUUUGGGACACACAUGUUAGCUGAAGAAGCUGAUGACUGGUGGGGGGAUAUGUCUGUUACCAAAUAUGCUGCUAAGUUUGUAAAGCUUGCAAAGUUCUAUCCCCAUUAUAGUGCGGAGACAGCUGAGUUCUCCAAGUGCAUCAAGUUUGAGAAUGACUUGAGAGUUGAUAUCAAGAGGGCUAUUGGUUAUUCGAAAAUAAGAAACUUCUCUGAUUUGAAAGGACACACUUUAGCUGAAUGUAAGCGUGGGGAUAUUGUUUGCUACACUUGCAAUGAGGAAGGUCAUAUCAGUUCGCAGUGUACUCAGCCUAAGAAGGUUAGGACAGGUGGUAAAGUGUUCGCGUUGACUGGCAUGCAGACUACUAGUGAGGACCGACUUAUCAGAGUUGGGUCUGGUUGUAUCUGA